AGUUUCCGAUGCCGGUUCCCAGUGCCCGGUUCCCAGUUCCCGGCUCCCAGUGCCAGUUCCCGGUGCCGGUUCGCGGUUCCCGGUUCCUGGUGCCGGUUCCCGGCUCCCAGUGCCGGUUCCCGGUGCCGGUUCCCGGCUCCCAUGCCCGGUUCCCGGUGCCGGUUCGCGGUUCCCGGUUUCCCAGUGCCCGGAUCCCGGCUCUCCGCUGCCGGUUCCCGGUGCCAUUCCCGGUGUCGGUUCCCGCUGCCAUUCCCGGUGCCGGUUUCCCCAUUCCCGGCUCCCCGGUGCGGUCCCGCCCCCCGCCCCGCCCCUCUCCUCCGCCGCCGCCGCCGCCGCCGCCGCCGCCGCCGCCCUUUGUCCGUGGCCUCGGGCCCCGCCAUGGCGCCGCGGUGAUGCGCGGCGGGGCCGGCCCGGGGGCGGCGGGGCCGAGCGCGACCGGGAGCCCCAUGCGGGGGCCGCCGCCAUGGGGCAGGUCCUGGGCUUCGCCCACUGCAAAGAGGCUCCGUCCACGGCCUCCACCACGCCGGACUCCACCGAGGGCGGCAGCGAGGACUCGGCGUUCCCCGAGCUGCCGGCGCCGGAGCCCCCAGGAGGAGGAGGAGGAUGAGGAUGAGGACGAAGAGCGGGCGGCGGCCUGGGGGGACCCCCGGGGACCCCCCCGGGACCCCCCCCGGGAGCUCACCUUCUCCUACAUCGCUUUCGGGGGCGGGGGCGGCGCCCCCCAGCCCGAGCCGGGGCCCCGCGCCCGCCGCGACCCCCGCCGGGGCCGCGCCCCCCGCCUGAGCUCGGGGGGCUCCCCCCGGGGGCCGGACCCCCGAGCGGUCGCCGGGGCCCCCCCGAAACGUCCCGGGGAGCCCCCGGCCCCCCCCGAGGGGACCCUGGCGGACCGGGGAGGGGGCGAGGCUGAGGAGACCCCCGGGAGCCCGGCAGCCCCCGCGCCCCUCCCUCCCCCGCCGCCAGGGGGCGCCCCGCGCCCGCCCCCCCCGGAGCCCCCUCCGGCCUCGGCCCCGCCCCCGCCGCCCUCGGACCAAUCAGCGAGCGCGGCGGGCGCUGACGGACAGGCGUGGGAGCUGCUGUACUGGCGGGCGCCCGAGCGCUCGGCGCUGGCCUUACUGGUGGCACUGGUGGCCCUGGGGUGCCUGUCCCGCUUCAGCGCCGUCUCGGUGGGCGCCCACGCCGCGCUGGCCGUGCUGGCCGUCACCGUCCCCCUGCGGCUGCGCCAGCUGGCCCUGAGGGCGCUGAGCCCCCCGGCCCCCGAGCCCCCCGCGCGGCCGCCGCCCUCGGGGCCGCUCAGCGCGGAGCAGCAGCAGCGCUGGGCGCGGUGCCUGGCGCGGCACGCGGUGACGGCCACCCGCACCCUCACCCGCCUCUUCCUCGUCCACAGCGUCCCCGAGUCCCUCAAGUUCGCCUUCCUGUUCUACCUGCUGACCUACGUGGGGGCCGUGUGCAACGGGCUGACGCUGCUGGGAGCGGGUGUCGUCUGCGCCUUCACCUUCCCCGUGCUCUACCGGCGCCACCAGGCCCAGAUUGACCAGUACACGAGCCUGGCCAGGAGCCACCUGAGCCACCUGCGAGCCAGGCUCCUGGCCAAGCUCCCCAGUGCCAAAGCCAAGCCGCAGUGACGCCCCCGGCCCCGCCCCCCCCCCGAGGUGACAGCGAGGGGGGAGGGGCGAGGCCGGGAGGGAGGAGGGGUCCCCGCACCCCUCCCCCACCCCCCCCCACCCCCCCCCCCCCCGUGUCCUUCCCCUCCCCCCCCCACGCUGGGGAGGGGUCACUUUAAUAAAAACUCUUGUGACA